GAAUUUAAAUUUCAAAGCGCUGUGAAGUCAGUCGGUUGACGGGCGGCCAUUUUGCUGCUCAGCAUGAACCGUCUCCAAUGGCCAGUCUGUGGCAGCUGCCUGGAAGCUCUCUGACUGGCUGAGUCCUACCGGGAGGGAUGCAUAAAAAACGCAUUUUGACCUUCAUAAACUUCAUGGGUCCGAGAAAGAGAGGAGCGAGGAAAAGGAAACUAGAGGAGGCUAGUUUAGAGGGAAAGAAGGAGGGAGAGAACACUGAGCAGAAGGAGGCUGAGGAGAGAGAAGACAGCAGGAGGAAGCACCAUGGGUAUAAGAAAUACAUUGGAGCUCAUGUUGGUAUCCAAGGUGGGAUAUGGAAAGCAGUGGAGUCCUGCACAGAGAUGGGUGGCAACUGUUUCGCCCUGUUUUUGGGUUCCCAGCGGUCAUGGAAGAGGCCUGCACUGGACCUGACCGCUGCAGCCAAGUUUCGGGAGCAAUGUUCCUUACACAAGUUUGACCAAGCUCACAUCCUGCCCCAUGGGUCCUAUCUUAUGAACUGCGGAUCUCCUAAAGAGGAUGUGUUUGAGAAGAGCCAGGCCCUUCUUGUGGAUGAGCUCAGUCGCUGCAGCCUCCUGGGCCUCAACCUUUACAACUUCCACCCUGGAUCCUCCUUGGGCUCCAUCACCAUUGAGCAGUGUGUGGAAAAGAUAUCAGGAGCCAUUAACCAUGCUCACCAGCAAACACCUGCUGUAGUUACAGUGUUGGAGAACAUGAGCGGUCAGGGAAGUACGGUAGGCGGUAAGUUCUCUGAGCUGAAGAGCAUCAUAGACAAAGUGAGAGACCAGACCAGAGUGGGAGUGUGUCUGGAUACCUGCCAUGCCUUCGCGGCAGGUUAUGACCUGGCUGCAGAGGGAGGAGUGAAGGCCAUGCUUGAUGAGUUUGAUCAGGAAGUGGGGCUCCACUACCUUAGAGCCAUCCAUCUCAAUGACUCCAAAGGUAAACUAGGUUGCAAUCUCGAUCGCCAUGAAGACAUCGGUAAAGGCCACAUCGGAAUCUCUGCUUUCCGGGACAUUGUAAAUGAGCCUAGACUGGACAAUAUCCCUCUCAUACUAGAGACACCUGGUCGGCCAGGAUUUGAGUAUGCAGAGCAGAUUGAACUUCUUUAUUCCCUCUGUGAGAAAAAAUAGAAAGCACCCUUGCCAAUGAAUUAACAUUGUUAAACUGCACCUGAAAAACCCAAGCUUUUGUGUCUCUCAAGAGAAUUUAAGUAUUUGUCAAGGACCAGAGUGGAUGUUGUGUUUAAGGAGCCUGAUCACUUUAAAUGCACCCAGAAUCUGUUUGGUUGUUAAUCACUGUGUGAACAGUUUCAGUGGGUUUUGUGUCUGAAUGAACAUGAGUUGAAUAAAUUGGGAUUUGUUAUUUGA